AUGGGUAUUAUUUCUGGAGAAGUUGUGCAGAGAGAGGUGGCUGGUGGGAUUGGGUGGUCAAUGUGCCAGAAUGAAAAAGUGUUGUGCCUUGGGAUGGAGGGUGAUUUAAUUAUAUACGACUUGGCGAGUUUGCAAGUAAUGAAAAAAAUAGAAACAAGAAGUGACCCACAGCGCACUCUAUGCAUGGUGGAGCACAAAGGGGAAAAUAUUGCAAAACCAGAAGAGAAUAAUAAUAUCACGGAGGAGAACAUAAAAAGCAGUUUACAGGAAAGUACAGAUGAUAUGCCGUAUAGUGUUGAUAGAAGGCAUGAUGGUGAAGUGAUCAGAAGAUGUGAGUUUAUGGGGAAGAGUGAUAUCCUGGGAGUGGGAUAUUUCAGUGGAGUCUGUGAUAUUAUAAAUACAUCAACUGGAGAGGCACUUGACCGGCUGGAAGGGGAUGACACAGAGGUGAAGAGUGUUGCAUUCAGUGAGUGUGGUAGAUUUGGGUUCAGCACAAGGCAGGGAAGUCUCUGGGUCUGGGCACUGAAUGAUGAAGCCACCUGGGAAAUAGAGGAGAUCAUUGAGUACAGUGAGAAUGAUGUGAAGAGCAUACUGUGGCACAGGAAUAGCCUGAUUUCAGUUGGGUAUAGCAAUGAGAUUGUUGUGUACAGCAGGUGGGAGGACGAUAUAUGCGAUGUAAAGUGGGAGAUACAGAGUAUAUUUAAGGCAGAUGCAUGCGUCUGGGAUAUUGCAGUUGUAGAUGGAGAUACUUCUUACAUGGCAGCUGUAACACAGAGCGGUCUCCUGAAGAUACUCACAAAAAGUGGCGAAGCUGCAUGGGAAGAGGCCUCAGAGCAUAAAGUGUCUGAGUACCCAAUUAUAUCCGUGUGCUGUGGAGUGGGUGAUGGAAAGGCAUGUUUUGCAAUGAUCGUAGACAGACGCCGUCUGGCUCUUUACGCCAUGGAUGGUUCUCUGAUUGAAGAGACUCCUCUUCUAACAGAGUAUGAUGAGCCUGUGGACAUACUUUUCUCAAAGGAAACUUCUUCAUUUAUAGUUCUCUCCUACCAAAUCAAGUGCCAAAUGAAGAGCACCAUUAUUAGGUGCAUCAAAGUGUAA